AUGGAGGAGUCUGAGAAGAGCAGUGAAGCUGUUUCGGAUAAAACUAAUGUGGAUAAAGUGGAGGAUGUUUCGGCUCGUCGGAGUGAUUCGGUUAAGGCUUCGCAAUCCAAACCGAGACUCAAACUCUUCAGUAAAGUGAUGGAGAAGAGUCUGCAGUGGCUGCUGGACAACGCCAGUUUCGACAGGUUUUCGCACUAUUUCCAGCCGCUGUCAAAGCAGAACCCUCAGCUGACCGAAGCCAUGCACAAACAGUUCAUCAGCCAGCUGCAGACUUCAGUUCAGAGAGAAAUUGGCACCGUGAUUGAGGAGGGAGACCUGCAGGUGAAGUUUGAGGAGCUGGACAGACUGGAGCAGCUUUCUAAAGACACUCCACAAGCUGCGUGGCGUCCGAGUGGCGCUCCGGAGCAGGAUGUGUGCAGUGGUUUAGUGUCUUAUCAUAAGAAGCAGGAGGAGUACAUGCGGCUUCAGCUGAAGAAGCUCCAGAAGGAGAACGCAGGUCUUGCUCAGAAGGUGCAGGCUGGCCGAGAGGACAUCACACACACAGAGCAGCGCAUCGCCGCCGGGGUGGAAGAAUGGAGGGCAUCACUUGAAGAUCUGGAAGCUCUCGUCUCCACUCUUUCUCCAUCGGAACACUUUGUGUCUCUCUAACAUCCGGUCGUUUUUGUAUUUAGUGAAGCUUGAAUGUAAUUUUAUUGUGCAUCUGCAAGGUUUAUUUUCGUUAACGUGUACUCUAUUCAUUAAACGUCUCAUGCACUUAUGCACA